GGGUUUAGCUCCUCCCUUUCAGAAUUGUAUCAGCAGCAGCAGGGAAAAUGGUGUCCCUGAAACUGCAGAAGCGGCUUGCAGCCAGCGUGCUCAAAUGCGGAAGAGGGAAGGUUUGGCUUGAUCCCAAUGAAUGCAAUGAAAUCUCCAUGGCCAAUUCUCGCCAGAACAUUAGGAAAUUGGUUAAGGAUGGAUUUAUUAUCAGGAAGCCCACCAAGAUUCAUUCCCGGUCACGAGCUCGCAGGAUGAAGGAGGCUAAGAGGAAGGGUCGCCACUCUGGAUAUGGUAAGCGUAAGGGUACAAGAGAGGCAAGGCUUCCCACCAAAAUACUUUGGAUGAGGAGGAUGCGUGUGCUCAGAAGAUUGCUCCGUAAGUACAGGGAGUCCAAGAAAAUUGACAAGCACAUGUACCAUGAUAUGUACAUGAAGGUGAAGGGUAAUGUUUUCAAGAACAAGAGAGUCUUAAUGGAAAGCAUUCACAAGUCGAAGGCUGAGAAGGCCAGAGAGAAGACUCUGUCUGAUCAGUUUGAGGCGAAGCGUGCCAAGAACAAGGCAAGCAGGGAAAGGAAGCUUGCUAGGAGGGAGGAGCGCUUGGCCCAGGGUCCUGGCGAUAAACCAUCAGCAACACCCAGUGCUGAACCUGCUCCAGCACCUAAAGCUGCCCAAGCACCAAAGAAAUCCAAGAAGUGAGCAGCAUUCUCAGGGAUUCAAAGGAUAUUGAUUCGGUUAAAGUAGUCUUGACGAAUCUCUUGACUCUGCUUUGUUGAUUUAGACCUUUUAAGAUUAUAAGUAUAAUAACUUUAUUUUUGGACGCUUUAUAUGACAUAUUUUGUUUGAUGGUGCUUUCCUCUCAUUGGUAUCAAGAUUAACCAAGUUGCGAAACUUGGUCCUUUUAUUUA